AUGAGCGCGGUCAAAGACCCCGAUCAGGUGGCAGCCCUCGUGCGUUGCUUUCUGGAUAGCGAGGUCGCUAAGAAACAGAAAAAGCUGACUGAAUCUUUUGAAAAGAUCGCCGAGGCCAACCUUCCUUGGAGUAAACCUCAGACGUCGGAUUUGAGCGAUACCAAGGAAGAAAGGCUUGAACAUGCUUCCAAGAUCCAGGCUAAGAUAGCUAAAAACAAGGCGUACGCUACCAAGAAGGGAAAAUUCCGUCUUACCGCAGUUCAUGUCGCCACUAUCUUCAUUCUCCCCAUCGACGAUUUGAGAAAGGGCGGUUGGCUUAGUCAUGAGGCUCAUCCAGAGACCUUGCUGCAUAUGAGGCUACAACUCAUGUCCAACCUAGUGAAGCACUAUCUCACAAAAGCCCAGGAGGCUCUUACAAUUGCGGAUCGGCCUCCAGAAACGGAUCAGUCUACUGCCGACGAAUCUGCCACACAAUCCAUGAAACGAUCACACCCCGAAAGGGAGCUACGCUCAAGAAAGAGAAACAGCAGUGCAACAUCGCCCUAUCUCGAGGAAGAAACCAGCGAAAGCGAAGCAGGGCCUAGCCAGGCUAGCAAACCUACCAAGGCUGACAACGACCCCGACUACAAACCAAAGCCUCAUGUUCGAAGCGAGGCGGAAAAGAAAAAAUGUCGCGAGCGAGAUCUUUGGCGGUGCCUCUUCCAACGCACCGGGUCCGGGCAAGUCUGCCAUAUUCUCCCUUUUACAUGGAACAAUACCGAACAGGCUGUCCAGGAUACUAAGGCUAUCCAAGAUGCCUUUGUUCCUUUCUUCGAUGAUUCGACCCGUCUUAAACUGGCCGAUCUCUUGAUGGAUGUUACCACUCUUGGUGAAACUGACAAGGUGUGGAAUAUGCUCUACUUGAACCCUCAGCUUCGUAGUUACUGGGGCCAGGCCCGUAUCGGUCUAUUCUGCAAAGCCAUUGGGCCUUACGAGCCCGACAAAUCUCGCGUUCAGACGGAUGUGGAAGACGAUUGGGUGGAUGUCAUCAUCCAAUUCAAUUGGCUAAACCGUCGAGAAGGGAAACCAAACGACGAGAUGGCCGACAAGGACGCUAUGAAUGCAAUGGCCGAGAUGCAGAUCCAACACGAGAAUGAGGGAAGCCCAUCCGGCCAGAACAAGUAUGGUGCCGACAUUGAUGCCAUGCGAGUUGAUACAAGGACUUCAGUUCUCUCCGGUCACGAAGUCCGAAUCGCUAUGCCACCGAAGGAUGCAGCCCUCUGUAAGUUGAUGCUAGAUCUCCAAUGGGCCAUCAUCCGAAUUGCUGCAAUGAGUGGCGCUGCCGGAUACCCAGAGCUGCUUCCCGUCCAUCGCGAUUGGAACAAGGUCAAAGCAAUUUGGUCACUUUAUGCUAGCUUAGACUAG